AUGUUUUAUAUGAUUCAACAACAAUUAAAAUUAUUUCUGCUAAUUAUAUUUUAUUGUUUCAAUAUCAUAAGUGGAGGUCCUGAUCAAAAUCGUUUGUUAAACUAUCUAUUGGCUGAUCAUCGAUACAGACCCAUUGCACGACCAGUUCAAAAUGAUUCUGACACGUUACCUGUUACUAUAAAUUUAGCUUUACAACAAAUCAUUGAUUAUGUAAGAGUCAAUUUGACGGCAGAAAAUAGCCGAGGUCAAUUAGAUGCAUAUGUCCAAAAUGCUGAAUGGCAAUUAGAAGGUAGCUGUUGUAUGACACCACUUGGAUUUUUAUUAUCACCGGAUAGUGGCGAAAAAUUAACCUUGCGUGAGUUAGAAUUUGAUCAUAAAAAGUUUAUUCUUAUACAUUUGAAGUCUUCAGAGAUUACAACCCUUUUAAGUGUUAUUAUGUUCAGUUUAGUUCUAUCGGAAAUUCUGCCAUCAAGUUCAACUGCUAUACCAAUUAUUACCAUUUAUUUCAUCUGUGUCAUGUUCAUGACAGCAGUCUCAGUUGUUGCAUCAGUAUUUAUAUUAUCUCUUCAUAAUCGAAACUCUAGUAAUCAUACAAUGCCAUUAUGGAUUCGUAAAUAUAUUUGUGACUAUUUGGCAUGGUUAUUACUUAUGAAGCGUCCUGAUCAUGAUUUGAGUUGGCAUGCGAUUAGUCGUCGAUGGACUUCGUCAAAAAAAGAAUCGGAUAAUAUACAUGAAUCGAUCGGUAAUCAUCAAUCUAAGAUUCCUUCUGAAUCAUUGUUUAAUAAUAAAUUCGACUUGUUAUCAAGUAAUGUUAUAAAUGUCCAUAAGGAACCUUUAGUAUUUUUGGAAAAACAACACUCAGAUUCGAUAUUAGAAUCCGCUGUACCUCCGGCAACAAAAACUCAUGAUUAUGGUUAUCAUCAAAAUACAUCUAAUGAAUUGUACAUAUGUGAUAUGGAUACGACAUGCUCUGAGCUACGUGUUAUUAUUUCUCAACUUGCUAUUCUUAUUAAUUAUUCUCGAAAAAAAGAGAAAGAUGAAAAUGAAUCUCAAGAUUGGCAGUUUGCGGCAAUGGUCAUCGAUCGUCUUUGUCUAUUGCUUUUUUCUAUAAUUAUGUUUCUUUUUACUGCAUUUACUCUUCUCCACGUUUAA